UUUCAUUAUAUUUGGUUGAUUAUUGCAACUUCUUAUUGAGAAAAGUUAUCAAAAUUAAUAGAAAGUUUACCCGUUAAUUCGAAACUUCAGGCUCAGCUAGUUAGCUGUAUAGAUUUGAAGACCCAUUCCAUCUCUGUUUUUUUGCUUCUUCCUUUUUCUUCAUUCGUUCUGGCUCUCUUCAGUGCAAGGAUUUAGUAGCAGCAUUUGAAUCAUAUUAUCUCUGUGCAGAUAAUGAGUCUGAGCUGGAUGUUAUUUUGUGUUCUUUGUCAUCACCUUCUGGUUCUUCCAACUUCUUUUUACUCAAUUACUAAUGCCCAGUCUUUCGAUUAUCCCAUCGCCAACCUCUCCACCUUAUGGACCAAUAACCUCCCUUCCCUUUCCCAUAAUGUUAAUUUCACAGAUAGAUCUCGGGUGAGGUCCCUUCUUCUUAGAAGUAAUCCAGCCGGCUUCGGUCCAUCAUUUGCUUGUGGCUUCUACUGCAACGGCACUUGUGAUUCUUUCCUCUUUGCCAUCUUCAUCGUUCAGACCAAUAGCGGAGGUGGCAUAACGAGGCCUAGUUCAGGAUUCCCACAAGUAAUCUGGUCUGCCAAUCGGGACAAUCCCGUUAAAGAAAAUGCCACCUUGCAGCUCUCUGGAGAUGGAGAUUUGAUCUUGAAAGACGUCGAUGGCACUUUAGUUUGGUCGACGAACACCACCGGCAACUCUGUCGUGGGCUUAAACAUGACGGAGACGGGAAAUCUCGUGCUCUUCGAUGGAAACAAUAAAGCCGUCUGGCAGUCUUUUGAACACCCAACAGACUGUUUGGUCCCUGGGCAGACGCUAGUAGAAGGGCAGAGGCUCACAGCCAGCAUCUCAUCUUCGAACUGGACUACAGGUGUCCUAUCACUUUUCGUUACUAGUAAUGGUUUGUUUGCUCUCGCUGAAUCCGAUCCUCCUCAGCAGAUUUACUACAGGAAGAAGAUAACUGGCACCAAACUGGAUGCAGGACCGAGCUAUGUUAGAUUCCUGAAUGGAAGUCUUUCUCUCUACAUAUUGUCAGCCGAGCCACGCCAGCCUGAUGAUACAAUUCCUGUGAAACCAGCAACCUCAAUGCAGUACAUUAAAUUCGGGUCAGAUGGGCAUCUGAGAGUUUACGAGUGGAAUUCGACCUCAGGGUGGACGGAAGUGGGCGAUCUUCUGACAAAAGAUUUAUCUGAUGGAGAGUGUAGCUACCCAACGGUUUGUGGGAAUUAUGGUAUUUGCUCAACUGGGCAGUGCAGUUGUCCCAUAGGAACUGGUAAUAACGACAGCUAUUUUAGGCAAUUAAGUGAUCGGCAGCUGAAUCUCGGCUGCUCCGAGAGUACUCCAUUGUCUUGUGAAGCUUCUGAAAAUCACAGUUUUCAAGAGUUAAAGGAUGUAACUUACUUCAUCUUUUUUGUCGGUGAUGCAAACACAACUGAAAUGAGUUUGGAGAAUUGCAGGCAGGCAUGCUUGAAUAACUGUUCUUGCAAGGCUGCUUUGUUUCUGUAUCAUACCAAUGCUUCCGCAGGUAGUUGCUUUUUGCCAACCAAACUUUUUUCAUUGAUAGACAAUGAUAAGAACAAAUAUAAGUAUAAUACGUCUGCAUUCAUUAAGGUGCAGAUACCAGAUGUUUCUCCUACCCCAUCCCUUCUUGAAAAGAAAACAAGCCAGACUGUAAUAAUAUUAGGGUCCAGUCUUGCAGCUCUGUUUUCUGUUUUCAUUGUAGUUUGCAUCUUGAUUAUUCUUUAUAGGAAGAAAAACGAUGAGGAGGAAUAUGAGGAGGAUGAUUUACAUCAAGUACCAGGAAUGCCCAGGAGAUUCUCUUAUCAAGAUCUCAAAGAUGCAACAGAGAAUUUUUGUAAGAAGCUUGGAGAAGGAGGAUUUGGAUCGGUUUUUGAAGGGACUCUGGGAAAUGGCACAAAAGUUGCAGUGAAAUGCUUGGAUGGUUUGGGUCAAGUCAAGAAAUCGUUUUUAGCCGAGGUUGAGACAAUAGGAAGUAUUCACCAUGUCAAUUUAGUAAGACUGAUUGGAUUUUGUUCAGAGAAAUCACAUAGGCUUUUAGUUUAUGAAUUCAUGUCCAAUGGUUCUUUGGAUAAAUGGAUCUUCUGCAGAAACCAAGAACAGUCUCUUGAUUGGAAAACUAGACGGAAGAUCAUCUUUGACAUAGCCAAGGGGUUAGCCUAUCUACAUGAAGAUUGCAGACAAAGAAUACUGCAUUUGGACAUUAAACCUCAAAAUAUCCUCUUAGAUGACAACUUCAAUGCUAAGGUCUCUGAUUUUGGGUUAUCAAAGUUAAUUGACAGGGAUCAGAGUGAAGUUGUUACCACAAUGAGAGGGACUCCUGGUUAUUUGGCUCCUGAAUGGUUGAGCUCAAUGAUCACAGAGAAAGUUGAUGUAUAUAGCUUUGGGGUUGUAGUCAUGGAAAUUGUUUGUGGACGGAAAAAUCUGGAUCGUUCUCAAUCUGAGGAUAGCAUGCAUUUAAUUAGUCUAAUCCAAAGAAAGGCAGAGGAAGGACAACUAUUUGAAAUGAUUGACAGAUACAAUGAGGAUAUGCAGUUACAUGGAGAAGAAGCUAUGGAAAUGAUGAGGAUUGCUGCAUGGUGCUUACAAAGUGAUUUUACCAAAAGACCAUCCAUGUCUGUGGUGGUGAAGGUCUUAGAAGGGGUAAUGAAUAUUGAACCUGAUUUGGAUUACAACUUCUCAAUUCCAACACUAGCAGCAGCCACAGUAGCCCACAAGGAGGUCGAUUUCGGAGGCUCCACUCCGCUAUUGCCCUCAGUUCUGUCAGGACCAAGGUGAAGGAAGGGACUCUUAACCACUAUCAAUUUUGUUCAUACUUUGCUCCUUUUGUUCUGUUUUCAGUGAAGAGGAACCCCAUCAGCCAUUUGUUUAUCUGAAAAUAAAUUUCACCUGUGAUUUUGAAAGUUUCGUUU